AUUCGUAAGUAACAGUAACACCUCUUGAGUGUUCACACAGCACGCUUUACUAGAGUAUAUAAUUAUAAUUAUUAAUAAUAAAAAAAAAAGAUUAAGAAUGGAGAAGAUAGAUGGGUAACAUAAGAGGUGAUGUUGACCCAAACGUUCAUUGGAAUGGAAGAAAAGAAAGAAUCCCCGGUGUGUCUUAUCUUAUGUGUAAUGUGACCCACUUCAUAGUUCAUACCUUAAUAAUACAAAAUUUAAUUUAAUUUGCGUUCGGAGUAUUAGUAAUAGUAAUGGUUUGUGAAGAAGAAUCUCCAUCCACGACCACUCAGCUUCUUAAUAAUAAUAAUAAUAAUAUUAAUAUUAAUAUCUCCUCCUCACCCGAAUCCACCUUCCGUCAACUCGAUGAUGCAUUCUUGCAGAAUCAAACGAGAAUAUGGGUAGGAGAAGUGUUGCAUAUAAGAUUAGAUGAGCAACUCAUUAUAUCAGAAUUACUUGCUGAUGGAGAAUUGUUGUUUCAAGUGUCAAAAGUUAUGUGGAAAUUGCUGUUGGAAAAGCAUAUGGAUCUUAGGCACAUUAAAGCAUACAAAAAUCAUCCAUUUGCUUCUAAGAGGAACAGUGGGAUAUAUAGGCCUUAUUCUAAUGUUGAUUCAUUUCUGAAGAUCUGUAAGAUUUUGGGAUUGACUGGGAUUGACCUUUUCUCUCCAUCAGAUGUAGUUGAGAGAAGAAAUACUCGAAGAGUUUGUAUGUGUAUCCGCUCAUUCUCGAAAAAAUCAAGGUCUAUAAAUAUAAAUGUUCCAGAUUUUGAUAUUGUUACAUGUAUGGCAGCCAUGCCUAAGGAUUUUGUUGGAUGCAUCCGGAGAAGCAUAGAGCUGUCUCAAAACGUCCUCGCAGAUUCUUCUGACCAUCACUCGCAGAAGUAUGAGAGACGAAAAUCUAAUCGGGGAUACUCAGUUACAAGCUCCAACAGAGACUACGAGCUGUAUUCCAAUCCAACUAAUGAUACAGAAAUCAUACAUACAAUUCUUCAAUUACAUGACAUACAUACUGAUGACUUGUAUGAUUAUAAGUCAGAUAUAAACUACAGAGAAAAUGCUUUUGUGUCCGAAGAGUUAGAUCAAUUGGAUAUUCAAAAUCAACACAGAAAUGAAAUUUCUAACGAUGAUUUUGAAUUGUUAUCUUCAAUGGAAUCAUUGGAAUACCAUUGCCCUGAUAAUAUAGAGCAUGAACAUGAUUGCAAGCUGACCUGGCCGUCAUCUUCUUGUGGAGAUCUAAAUGUUGGCUUAAUUGGUAUGACGUCUCAUUUAGAUACUAGAGUUGAGCAAGUCCAAGAAAGUAGGAUCAUGGACUUCGAUUACUCUGAAUAUGCUUUGUUAAAAAAUAAUGCUUCCGUCAUCGGGACUCCUACGAAUGACAAAACAUCAAUUGUAGAUGCUACAUCAUAUGCAAAAAGUAAAAAAGACACUGGUAUAAUUGGUGAAGAAUAUAGUACACCAAAUGUACAUCAAAGUGCUAGCUCUCACGGUUCAAACCCAACUCCACAUCCUACUGAAAGUGGUAGAUUUUUGGAUGUUUCUGACAGUAUAGAGGUUCUGCAAGAAGCUGGCAUGAGCUGUUUGACAAGGGAACCACUGAACUUGGGAGAUCUAUUUGAUGCAGAGAACGAUGUCUAUAACAAUGAGUCCUUUAAAUUGCACAGUUACAAGAAUGAUCAGUGGGACGAGAUAAGAGAAUAUGAAGCUCAAGACAUAACGGAAUGCAAGGAAUUGGCAUACGGUAUCCCUUCCAGUGUAAAUACAUUUGAGGAAAUCGAGCAUUCAUUAUAUUCUCCUGAUUGUUACUUCUGCAAUACUAACUCUUCAGAUAGAGCUUUAUCUCAUAGCAACCGCAUUACCUCAACUCUACAGAAAAAGUCUCUAGCAUAUGAAGACAGGGAGUCUCGAGUUGAUUCAAGAUGCUCGGAUAAUGCUAGUUGUAACCGAUCCGGGGAGCUUCUGUCCUGUCACUCUUAUUAUUUGCCUGAGUUUUGUAAAUGGGAUCAGAAAGGAAAAUGUGCUAUGACAUCAAAUAGAGCAAAAGAUAUCCGAAGUUCCUCAUGUGUUUUGGAGGAUGAUCAUAAGGAAACUACACCGUGUAAACAAAAGGAUUCUGAAGUCUUGUUGUCCAAGGUUACGUUGUCUUGCAUGCCAAACGAGGAAAGUAUAGUUAGUGCUGCUGCUGUUAAGUUGGACAGUGAUACUGAUGGUAAACUAAACAAUGGUUGUUUGGAUUUUGAAUCUAAUGCUCAAGGUGACAACACUAAUGAUUCCUCUGGCAAAGGUGUCACGACUCAAGGCAUUGGAGAUGGACGUCAGGGAAUACUAGACAUGAUAACCAAUAAUGUUGUAGCCCAUACCUAUUGUGAUGAAGAUGAAUGUCAUAUUAGAUGCGGUACAACAAAUCAGAGCUCAAAACUUGAAUGCAAUGAUGGUCAUCAAACCUGUCAUGUGGUGCAUAUUAAGGAAAAAGUAAAACCAGAAGAUGAGAGCAUGCAUUCCUUCGAUAAUUUAGUUGAAACAGAAGAAGGGUGUGUAGAAAUUUCAAAAUCAAAACUCCAAAAGAAGCUACUGCUAAGAUCAGUCUUGGGUGGUGCCACUGCUGUUGGUUUGUUAUUCAUGUUUUUGCACCUAAGGAGGGAUGGUGGAGAAAAAGUUGGACAACCAAGUAAGAAAUAUAAUCAUGAAGACAAAGAAAAGAUUCUUAAAAGCUCACCCCAAAAAGUAAAAGGGAUGAGUACAACAAAAGGGGUUUAUCAAGCUGAAAAGCUCAAGUUAAAGUGAUUAGGAUUUGGGUCUCUAAUAUACAGAUAUUAAUAAAGGUAAAAUUGAAGUAUAAGAUUCAUAUUUUUUAUUUAUCAAUUUAAUAACUUUACACUCCGUGUAAACAUAUUUAAUAUGGUCAUUUAAUUACAUUGUGUACCAUCUUGUCAUAUUUAUCAUCUGGGUGGAGAUGACAAUGGGUAUAGGACCCAAUAGAUACAAUAAAGCUACCAUGUGAUGGGUAAUUAUCUCAAGGAGUAUAACUAGUAAUUAACUACAAAAUUUAAUGGGUACAAAUAUUACAACUCAUAUGUUCAAAUACCCGAUCAACACCUCAUUUUCUCUCUAGCUCUCUUUCUAUCACUUCACAAAUAUAUCAUAUCUAUCACAUUCACAUCACCCUCUCUAUUUUUAUCACUCUCAAGGUGUUGAUUAGAUUUUAGGUGUACGCUUACCGUGUUUUAGUACCCAGUCCGCAUUUUUAAAUAUAAACCAUUCACUCAAACUCAAUUUUACAAACUCAAAUUUUAUCACAAAUAACUGCUGUCAAACACUCAGUCGUAUACACAUGUUGAAGGUGUCAAUAAAAACCUACACAGCUUCUGGCGCAAAGCAUCACCAAAUCCAAAAAACUCUGCAGGCAGUGAGGCACCCAACAAAUUUCAAGAGGAGGUCAACAGAGCAUUAAAGCACUGUUAGGAAGGGUUGGUCUCAGACUGUGUAACAAAUCUGAAGAGUGAAUACUUCACAAGAAGAUAUACUUUCCCAUUGUGUACAGAAAGCCUUGCUCCGGAAACAACCCAAUACCCUGGAGUGUCUCCUGGCCCUCUGAUAAUUUCCAUUGUGUCUACAUAUCUUUGAAGCUUAGGUGUAUUUAGUGGUGCAGGGAGGGCAAUAGAAUCUUUAGCAGAACUAAUGGUCACAUCACCAGGCUUUGGAUGAUCCCUAUGUCCCUCUUUGGAAAUAAAAGAAAUGAUAUCCCAAAACUUGCUCCCGGACUUGCCAAGAUUGGAGGAUUGGUCCCACUCAGGUGGCUUCUGAAGGGUAGCACCAAUAAUUUUGGAAAAGCGCAGCCGUAAAAGGAGACACUUCUUUUCCACUUGUAACUGAGCUCCUGUGACAAUGGAAACACUAUCAUCCGAUUCAACAGGAGCAGUACAAAUAUAUGACAAGCAGUUCCAUUUCACUUUCUUAUGGAAGUUGCAGCUAUACGAGUCACACGACAAAUAAACAUGUGCGGUGUCUGCAACUGGUACAUUGUCUGCAAGUGUUGCAUAGCCUCCAAGUGGUAAUGACUUGGGUAGAGAAGCCAGAUGCUGCAGAUGAAUGGCCAACCGGUUGCUUCCUCUCCCUUCCAAUUGUAAUCUAAGGCCAGUUACUGGUCUACUACCUACAUCUACCUGCCAUCAAGAAAAAAAGGAGCCAAUAUUAAAAAAAUUUAUUUUAUGAAGUUUAGAAUCACAUUUCUACCAUGUUACUAGUAACUAGUAUGUUAGUAGGCUGAAUAUAUUAGUAGUGUGAAAUAUAUAUUUAGUUCCCAAAAUAUUAACAUUUUUCAUUUAUUUUACACAUUAUAAUUUCGGAUCAGCAUAAUGGUA